AGAAUCAAGCUUUCAUUAAAAUCGUAUUAAAAAGACGAUAUGUAUUUUCUGAAAUAGGGAAAUAUUUGUAGUUAAGAAAAUCCCUGAAUGAUCGGCACCAAUUGGCAAAAGUUGAACCUUUUAAAAGGAACAACUUUACAUAGCUUUCUAAGUGUUGGUUUUCUGUUUAGAGAGAAACAAAGAAAGAAAGAAGAAGGUUGAGGAAACUAUGAAUCCAUCAGUGGCGGAUUUGAUGAGAGAAAGGAUUUACAGUUGCCAGAAUUGCAGGAAUCAAAUAUCAAGACAUGAUGACAUAAUUUCAAAAGGGUUUCAGUCGGUGAAAGGAAGAGCGUUCUUGUUCUAUGAAGCAAGGAAUGUUAGAGAGGGAGCUGAAGAAAACAAGAUGUUUAUAAGUGGAAACUACAAAGUAUGUGAUUUGUACUGUAACGAGUGUGGACAAAUAUUGGGUUGGAAAUACAUUAAAGCUUAUGAUGAUUCACAGAAGUACAAAGAAGGCAAAGUGGUUUUGGAGAAGUUCAAGAUCACCGAUGCUUCUUCCUAAAAUUGCUUUCUUUACUUUAUUUCUUCCCUUUUCUUAUCUUACUAAACACUUUGCUUUUAGAAACAUUUUCUCACUAUGCUAUUCAAUUCACUUCCAAUACUAUGCAAGUCUCCCUUUUGCAAGCAAACUAUAAGCAAUAUCCAUAGUUUAAAGGUAAGCUUAACUUUCCGGUAGAGAAACAUAAUCUAAGAAACAUAUCUGCAAUGAACACACAAAAUGUAUUUCUAGAUUAUUGGCCAUUCAGAUAGAAUGAAACAACAAGCAGGUGAUCAUUCAGUUCGAUGGAGAGGGUAAA